AUGGUGCAUCUAAAUGGCGUAGUUGAUGAGUCUUGGAUUCCGGUCAACUUUGCCAUUGGGCCAGCACCAGAAAUCUCCGCCUCGUCGACGAUUGCAACUCCCACUGCCACUUCGUCUGCCAGUCCUAGCGCCUCCGCGACUAGCAAUGUUGAUCCGGGCGGAGUCUGCGGCGGAACAGCCCUGACGGAUUGCUAUGGAGCCGACGACGGUAGCUGUUGCAGUCAAUAUGGGUACUGUGGCUCGGGUCCGGCAUACUGUGGUAUAGGAUGCCAGCCGGGCUUUGGCACAUGCGAU